AUGAUUAGAUGGCAUCGAACUAAGGAAGUGAGUCACGCGGGCACUGAAGAGCAAAUCCACUGUACUUCUUCCCAUCGGCAUGGCAUCCGAGCCAAACUGGUAGCCCUCAGUCCUUCUAUGUCCACGGAUUUAGAGGCUCAGAGAACGCAGGGACCCGAGUCGAGUGUAGCCGUUCUGCCGGAUUUUGAUGUCCCUCAUGGUCUGCGAUUCCUCCUAAGAACCACUCAAAUUCGCGUCUACCGUGUACCCAUUGAGGGCGAAAAUAAAUGCUGUUCAGCGUUUCCACGGAAGUUCUAUGUGGCGGAUGGUGAGGGCAACCCAAUCCUCGAGGGGGUGGAGUCGAGCAGUUGGUGCGCUCGUCUCUGCGCUGAGAGUUCACAUGCCUUUGAGGUCGACUUUCGCGAUGCCGAUGGGGCCACCGUGCUCUCCAUGGAGAAGACCGCCGGCUGCUCUGCUUUCUACUGUUGCAAUGCACCCGCCAUCUCCGUUGUGUCAGGAAGUGACAAUUAUGGCACUGUUCUGCAGUCUGGCAUUCUUCCCCGUACUCGGCUUACGCUGCUGGAUGGGAUUGAAAGACCGCAGCUCCGACUGCUGGGUCCCUGCGCCCGACAAAGUCGCUACAUUGACGGCAUCUUCAAAUUGAAGUGCUUCUCAGAACGCGGCUCCCUUGGACGACUGACAGUGCAGCAUUUCGCGGGAAUGGACAGCUACCAGAUCUACUUUCCCGUCGACCUUGACCUCCGCAUGAAAUGUCUGCUCAUUGCCUCUGCUGUCCUCCUGGAUUGUAUUUUUGCCUAA